UUAAAUUCGCAUUGUCUCAAAAAAACGAGUUUUAGCUUCCAGCAACGAACUAGUAAACGAAAAGUAAAAGUGAGCUGUACGUGUGUAUAACCAGAGAUGAUUGUAAUUACGAAAUAUUUAAAUCUACUGUUGAUUUUUCUGGGCGUACAAUAUCAAUUUUGUAAAGUAAACGCAUAUGAUCCCAAUGAUACCAAAAUAGUAGAAUGUUGUCUUCCACCUGAGGGAAUGUUUGAGGCUUUCUAUCCUCGCGAAGUGGAGGGCAUUCCAAACAGUGCUUCUCGGCCAGCGCACGGUCAUGGAAGCUUCUUUAAGCAUCGAAAUCCUGCUCUGGUGGACACCAAAAAUGCUGCUGCCUAUGGAUACCGUUUUGACGGAAAGCGCCGUUUCAAUUUUGAUUAAUUUUUUGCAAAUUUUAACAAUAAAUGCACAUG